AUGGCAAACAAGUACGAAGAGCCGCCGGCGUACCCCGGCCCCCAACAGCCGCAGGCCGCUUACCACGGCGGCGGCGGCGGCGGCCCCGCCAACCAGGGGUACUACCCGCAGCAGGGUCCUUACCAACAACAACAACAACCACAACAGGGCGCCUACUACCAGCCCGGCCCUCAGAUGGGCUACUACCCUCAGCAGCAAGGCUACGGCCCGCCGCAGGGACAAUAUUACCAGCAGCAGCAGCAGGGCUAUUACCAAGACCGACGUCAGGGCCCCGGCUGCAUAGAGGCCAUGCUGGCCACGCUGGCGUGCUGCUGCUGUCUCGACUGCUUGCUCUUCUAA